UCCCGCGCCAUUCCUGGUCCCUCUCCCGGUGAACCGGAUGCGCUGUCAGUCUCCUCCUCCGCGUCCUUAGCCUCCAUCCAGCUCCCUGGAGAAGCCGCUGCCACCCCGAGGCCUUGGCCAAGAGGCUGCUGGCGACUGGCCCGGCGGGCGCGGGCGCGGGCACGGUAGGAGCUGGGCGCGCACGGCUACCGCGCGUGGAGGAGACACAGCCCUGCGGCCAUGGGUGCCAGGGCCGCUCCUUCACGCAGGAGACAGGCAGGCCGCCGGCUGCGCUACCUGCCCACUGGCAGCUUUCCUUUCCUCCUCUUGCUGCUGCUGCUCUGCAUCCAGCUCGGGGGCGGACAGAAGAAAAAGGAGAACCUUUUGGCUGAAAAGGUGGAACAGUUGAUGGAAUGGAGCUCCAGGCGCUCUAUCUUCCGAAUGAAUGGCGACAAGUUCCGCAAGUUUGUGAAGGCCCCACCUCGAAACUACUCCAUGAUCGUUAUGUUCACUGCUCUCCAGCCUCAACGACAGUGCUCUGUUUGCAGGCAGGCUAAUGAAGAAUAUCAAAUUCUGGCUAAUUCCUGGCGUUAUUCAUCUGCUUUCUGCAACAAACUGUUUUUUGGAAUGGUGGACUAUGAUGAAGGGACAGAUGUUUUUCAACAGCUCAACAUGAAUUCUGCUCCCACAUUCAUGCAUUUUCCUUCAAAAGGCAGACCCAAGAGAGCAGAUACUUUUGACCUUCAACGAAUUGGAUUUGCAGCCGAACAGCUAGCAAAAUGGAUUGCAGACCGAACGGAUGUUCAUAUUCGAGUUUUCAGGCCACCCAACUACUCUGGCACCAUUGCUUUGGCUCUGUUAGUAUCCCUUGUUGGUGGCUUGCUCUAUCUAAGGAGGAACAACUUGGAGUUUAUCUAUAACAAGACUGGUUGGGCCAUGGUAUCUCUGUGUAUAGUCUUUGCUAUGACGUCUGGCCAGAUGUGGAAUCAUAUCCGUGGACCACCAUAUGCUCAUAAGAACCCACACAAUGGACAAGUG